CCAUUCAACGUCCGUUGCAUUCGUACGAGUAUCGCGAUUUCAAUUGGGAGAUGAAUCGCGAUACUUGUAUGAAUCGCGUCGCGAUUUUAGUGCACGAAUGUAUAGCAGUGUUGUACAAUAUACGCGCGCUCAAGAUCACGCGUCAGUAACGUAUGAACCAUACGUGUGGUCGGUAGUGUGACAAUUGUUUUGUGUUGCUUCUGCGGAGAACCGCGAAGAGAGAAAGAGGUAUACAAUAAUUGUGCGUUAUCGGUAUUUGGCGAAUCGAUCACGAGAAUAAUGAAUGAAGUACGAUCGAUUUUCUUCGAAAAUAGAAGCUCGUGCAAAUAGAGGCAAAAUGAACGUUCCAUUAUAUGGUGUUCUUGGAGCUUCCGUGACUUUGCUUGCUUACAUCCUCGGCAUAGGAACAAUCGUAAAACUUCUCAUUUGCUUGCUUGCAUUAAUUCUAGGGACAUUGAUCUGUGUAUAUAAAACAUACUCUCCGAAUCUCGAUAAUGUAAUCAAGUGUGAAAGGGAAGACUUAACUAAGAAGACUGAAAAGUUCCGGCAGUAUAUACUAGACCUAUCCAAGGAGAAGAUGACAUUUACAUUAGAUAGAAGAAUAACUGGUAGUCGUAUCAUUGAUGAAUCCCUGCAAGAAAUUUUGGAUUUUUUAAUCAGAGAUUAUGUAGAGCCAUGGUACAGCGUUAUCACGGAUGAUGAGGAAUUUAUUUAUUCUGUUCGAGAUACUGCUCAAAAAAUUGCUAUAAAUAUCGCAAAUCGGGUCAAGAGUGUUGAUUGGAUACCUUACUUGACUACAAGACUCGUUGAUGAUGCGGCUUCUCACGUCAGGCUAUAUCGACAAGCAAGCGCGCGAAUGAAGCAAUUACGGUCCAACAGGGUCCAAAAGGGUAGCGCCAGCUCAAGCACUUCGGGUGGAACACCAAAAAAAACGCCUACUCAUCGUCGAAACAAGAGCGAGACUGAUGUAUCUUGGUACUCGCAAUCGAAGUUUUACAUACCUAACAUGUCGUCACUCACUGAGCCAAUCGAGUCAACUGGUGACGAAAAGGAGGAUGAAUCGUUGGAAAAGAUAUUCUUCGAUCUCGAAGUGCAAAUGGAAAAUAAUCUCAUAUGUAGAGAUCUGGUGUGCACGAACGAUACUCAGGAACUAGAAUUCUUAGGCGAAAUAUCUGAGAUUCUUCUAUACCUGGUGCUACCCAAGGCAGACUUUGAUUGUUUGACUGUGAGAUUUAUUCUAAGGGAGUUAUUAGUGAACGUUAUAAUCAGACCGUUGUUGGAUCUAUUCUCCGAUCCUGAUUACAUUAAUCAGGCGUGUAUAUGGCUGUGUACUAAGGAGAGCGGUUUACCAAGUGAUAUCUUUUUAACAGUAAUUAGAAUAACAGACAAUGUAGAUGAAUUAAUAGCUACGAAAAAUAUAAUUUGUAAAGAAAUAGCGCAUCUCCGUUCGAAGGAUUCGGGCGGAGACGACGAUUUGUCGGUGAAGCAGCAACUAAACAGUUUACUUUACGUGAAAAAAAUUUUGGAAACCAGAAUCAUAGGUAUGCAAGAAGGCUUAGAAACGGAAACAGACGGUAUCGGUGCUCAGCCGGAGUGGAACAGACUUAUACCGGGCCAAAAACUAGUUAAUUUACCGCUGGACGAGUUAUUGAAGAACAACAUCGCGCUAAGCUAUUUUAUUGACUACAUGACUUCCAUAAACGCGGAAGCGUAUCUGUUUUUCUAUCUGAAUAUUUAUGGCUGGAGAGUUUCGGCCGAGCAACAGAUAUCGGACAUAGAAUUACAGAAGAUUCACAGCGCGCAGUCCGGUGCAGGUCUGAUGGGUGCUAAACGCAAGAACGCGGAUCUUGACAAUUUGAAAGAAGCGGCCACAAAGAUCUAUCAACAGUAUCUCAGCGACAAAGCAUCGCCCAAGUUGCAAUUGGAUGACUUAUUGGUAAAAAGCUUGUUAACGAAGAUGAAAACCGAAUCAGUCAAAGAAACGUGGUUUGAUGAGUUAAGAAACUGCUGUUACGAAAAGUUGCAGAACGAAGAAAGAUUCUUACCGAGCUUUAAGAGAUCAUUAGCGUACGUCAAACUGCUUGCCGAGUUGGAUUUGUUGAAAGAUCCGGUGUCCGAAGACGACGCAAAAUCUUUGGACAGCAUAAGCUUGUCCAGUACAAACAAUGAAUUAGAUACUUUAGAAGAAUUAUCUGAAACGUACAAAAACGACGAUACGAAACUCUCGGUCGCGAAAGAAGGUACUAAGAAAUCGAAUUCCUCGACAAGUUUGACGAGCAUAGGAGAAGUAAACGAAGAAGGCAGAGCGUUUGAUGAAGUCGACACGGACAUGAGCAAUCUCAAAGGCAUGAAAAACACGCGUAAAGGAUCCAUUACAUCGAUCGAGCAACUCGGUGAGAAAAAGGACGUUCCUUUUGAUGUAGAAACAAACGCUGAGCAGUUUGUCAAGCUAGAUGAGACCAACUACGAUCAAAACGCGAUCAAGAAAUUGCAGCAGGGUCACUUCGAAAUUACUGCUACAAUUAUAGAGACUGGUAUUGUCAACGAUCGCGGAAAAACGUACGGCAUAUACGCAGUGGCGGUUACGAAACAUUACGAUUCGGGUUACAAGGAGAAAUGGCACAUUUACAGGCGAUAUUCCGACUUCUACGAUCUGCAUCAAAAAAUCAAAGAGAAGUAUUACGACUUGGCAAAAAUACCUUUUCCCGCGAAAAAGGCUUUUCACAAUAUGGAGCGCACAGUUUUGGAGAGACGAAUGUUGAUGCUGAACGCUUGGCUGUGCCAACUAACGAGACCCGCGGUCAUGGACGGACAUAUGGGACUGCAGAAUUUGUUGCUAGUCUUUUUGGAGCAAGGGGAUUACGAUAAAGGAGUCACUGGCGGACAGAUAUCAAGAACAAUAGAUACUUUAAUGAACCCCUUAAAGACGUCCAUGAAAAAUGUUACGCAAGCAGUAAAAACGAUGCCAGAUAACAUGUUAAGUACGGUAGACGGUGUGAUGGACAAUCUGAGCAAACUCUUCAGCAAUUCUAAGAAAUCAAGUAUAUUUUACGAAAAUACCAAAGUCGGCGCUGGUCUCGAUACAGAAACCGAUGAUAACAUUCCAUUGCGAAUUAUGCUACUGUUAAUGGACGAGAUCUUCGAUUUAAAAGUGCGAAAUCAAUGGCUAAGGCGGCGAAUUAUAACUCUACUGCGACAAAUAAUCCGUACGAUGUUUGGAGAUAUAGUAAAUAGAAGAAUAGUGGAAUAUGUGUCGUUUCUAACUAGCCCAUCAAAAGUUGCGGGAUAUUUACGUUUGUUCAAAAAUAGUUUUUGGCCGAAUGGCGUGAAGGCCGAGAGUAAACCGCCGCGAGACACAGAGAUGAAGAACAGAACGCGAGUGGCAGCUAAAGUAGCUUUGCUUUCGUGUCUCUCGGACGAAUUAAAACAUAUCAUAGGCAGCGAGACGACGAGAUGCGGUUUGUUGAGGGUGUUCGAAUUGUUUCAGCGGCCCGUAUUAAAUAGAAGACUGUUAUACGUACUGUUGGAGGGUAUCGCCGAGACACUGUUCCCGCAGAACGAUCUAGUGACAAUUUUCAGGAAACUCUAUUCGGUAUCGCCGAGAGUGAGGAGUAAAAAUAAAGCUAAGUCUUGAUGGAAGAACAGAACGGACUGAUGUCCGGAUGCAAUGGUGCGAGAGCGACGACCAGCACGGUCGAAACAAUCUAUGCGAUUAGAAGUAUCGAUUUCGACCGAUCUUUAAGGAAGAUAUUACUUCUCUUUGGUAGCUUAGAGACUUACGAUAUUAAGGAACUACUCGUGCGCGCGCGUACAAAAGCGUCCAACUUAAAAAGAAACAUAUAUAUAUAUUUAAAAAUUUAUCUCUUCGACCCAUUGGGCUCUUACAAUAAUUUUGUUCACUCUAUAUUUUUGCGAAGAAAUAUGUACUUAAUGUAUAUAUAUAUAUAUAUAUAUAUGUGUGUGUGUGUGUAUACACAUGUGAGUUUAGAAGAUUUUUAUUAUUGCAAUUAUUGUAUUUUUUGCAGCUUUUUAGAUUUACUGCUGUGUCAACUGAAUGCAAAACGGAAAGUGUGAGACAUAUGCCGAAAAGAGCAUAUUUGUUAUGCCACAUAUACCAGAUAAUUACUUUAGUUUUGGAGAAGUACAACUUGCCUUUAUUUGAUUUUGUUAUCACUGUUAUCAUGUUUAUAUAAGAUAAAUGCAAAGUGUCGAAUAUUCUCACAAAGUGCGCACAUACAUCUUGAUGUUCUGUGAAAUAUCUGUGCUAAGAUACCAAACCCGAAAAAUCAUAUUUCAGUACGUAAGUUAGAACGUGAUAGCAGCUUAUCGCGAGCUCAAUGGGUUAAUGAGUCGUUAAUCGCUACGCUUAUUGAGACAUUACUGGAUGUUUACUCUUUUCAAACAGUCCUCUAAGCCGCAGAUACGAGAUGGACAUGUAUGCCAUUGCAACGGACAUCCGUUGCACCUAUAAGCUUGCGACAGGGAACAAAACGAAAGUCAUACGCUUUCAUAUAUCGACGAUUUAUACGUUCAACGACGCGCACGUCGGAAAAGUUCCAAGCUGAUCUUUCUCGUUGUGACGCUCACAAACGUAUAACAUAAUAAUAAGAAAAAACUUGAAUUUUUCCAAACAAAUAAAUAGAUGUCAGAAGAAACAAUAUGUAAAAUAUAGUAUAAAAUAAUUCUUUGAUUGUUCAAUAUACAAUCAAUUAGUGUGUCAAAUUUAACGGAACGUCUCGCGAUCAUAACUUCUUCAGCAAUUUAUUAAACUUUUUAAAUAAAAUAUAAGAGAUUAUACGCGUAGUAGAUAAGAUGUGUAGAUCUUUUAAAGAAAAAAAUUUAUUAUUUGAUUAAGAUACUAACAAAUAUAAGAUAGAUAUAUGUGUGUAGAAAUAAAUUAUACUGAACACAUUACCACCGAAUACAAAUUACAUGGAAAGACAUGUGAUGUAGAACUUUUCCGCAUGUGCGCUGCUAUUUGAAGUGAUCUAGUGGCCAAAAAGUACGAUUAUAUAUUUCAACUGCAUAACCGAGUUUUCAACUCGGAUUGUUACUUUCGUUGAUAUUAACGUAGGAUAAUAUUAAAAAGGAAAUCUCAUAAAUUACUUGUGAUCAUCUUCUAAAAACAAAAAAAAAAAAGAAUACAAAGGUUCAUGAAACAUUCCACUUGCAUUUUAAGCUACACUGAUUAGAUAGAUUAAUUGUUCUUUUUACAAAACAUUCGAGACUACACAAUAUUACAUAGUAACAACACAAUGUACAUCACACUUUACUUAAGUUACAAAUGACGUGCUUUAAACGCGAUGAAAUUCGGAGAAAUCGAUACGAGCAGUUCAAAAUGUAAUAAUUUAACACAGACGUUUAUAUACUUAAUUGUACAAUAUUUAUGUUGGUCUACUCUAGAGUUUGUUUGUGCCAUUUGAUCGAGUAGUACCUAUUUAUUUAUUUAGCAAUUUUCUUUAAGAGAUUACUCACGCAGCAAACUUGACAGCUUCGGACAUUUAGAGAAAUUUGUUUUUUUUCUUUUUAAUUUCAUUUCUAGAGAUCGACUCUUUCUUUUUUUUUUUUUUUUUAUCGAAGAAAAAAUUUGCAACUGUAUAAAAUUGUAUAUUAUUCUACAUCGUACGUCUGUAUAUAAAGUUAUUUCUAUCUCAUGUUAAAACACGCCAUACUCUUAUCAUGUUUACUUAUUAAAGGGACUAUUUAUA